GUGACAUGUUUGCAGUAGACUGUUUCAGCAAACAGAACAAAGCAGUCUUCAGCAAUGUGGGAGCAGUUGGUGCUGCUGUGGUUUCUACAUUGGGGGUAUCAGGUUUCUGGACACCCUAUGCAAGAGAUCGUGUUCCCACAGCUGGUGGCGAGCAGGGAGAAGAGGCACCUGGAUCCACACAAUACAGAUGAAAAUAUAUAUUAUUCUAUCCAAACAUCAAAUCAUACUCUUCUACUGAAACUGAAGCAAAACAGAGGUUUUGUGAGUGGAGACUUUGCUCGAUAUAGUUACAGCACAGCCCAUGGAUUGCAAGCACUUAAUAACAAAUUAGCGAAACAUUCUUGUUAUUACCAUGGAGAAGUAGAAGGAAGGUUGGGUUCAGCGCUGGCACUCAGUACAUGUCAUGGCCUCAGGGGAGUCAUGCAUAUGGAAGACAAGCGUUAUGGGAUAGAGCCACUUAAAAACUCAUCACAAGGAGAACACCUGUUCUUCGAGAUGGAAAAGCCUAGCGCAGACUCCAUAUGUGGUGUGGAGGACUUUGAGACAGAGAUGGCACAUACUAUACUGCCAGAACAUUACAAGAUGAAGAGGAUGAAGAGAGCUAUACUCGCAAAAACUAGCUAUGUGGAGCUCAGCAUCGUGGUGGAUAACCAAAUGUUUAGGGCUUAUAAAUCAAAUGCCACAGCUGUAGAAGAAGAUGCUGUGCAGCUCGUGAACAUCGUGGAUGGGAUGUUUCGUGAUAUAAACAUCCGAAUAGUCCUGACCAGUCUGACCGUGUGGUCUGAUGUCAAUCCUAUCAAUCUAAACUAUAACUAUGCUGGCAAAGUUCUAGAACAGUUUGCGGGAUGGAGGGAGAAGACCACAGGACUCAAGAGAAGUGACAUCUCCCACCUGCUAAUAGGACGUGAAUCCUUCUCUGGCGUGGUUGGGAUGGGCUAUGUUGGAACUGUGUGUUCACCUUCUUAUGGCAUCUCUCUCAGUGUAUUUCCCACAGGUAGAACCCCGGCGUCACAUGCAUCAGUAUUUGCUCAUGAACUUGGACACAAUCUGGGGAUGGGACAUGAUGAUUCCCUAUGUAAAGGCCCCUAUAUAAUGCAUAGUACAGCCAGCGAUGCCAAGCACUUCAGCACCUGCAGCUCAGAUGACUUUGAGGAAUUUAUCGUGCAAGGUGGUGGAGGCUGCCUCUGGAACGCUCCGAACCCUAACAAUGUGCUGAGCCUGCCUGUGUGUGGCAACAACAUUGUAGAUCACGGAGAAGAGUGUGACUGCGGCACACCCCAGGAAUGCAAAAAUCCCUGUUGUAAUGCUGCCACCUGCAGGCUAACCAGUGGAUCACAGUGUGCCCAUGGAUUAUGCUGUGAGAACUGCAAGUUUAAAGUCAGUGGCAUGAUGUGUCGCCCACAAAUAGGUGCCUGUGACCUCCCGGAAUACUGCAACGGGUCUCAUGCACUUUGCCCAGCAGAUGUGUACAUUAUGAAUGGUUUCCCCUGCAACCACAACAAGUCUUACUGCCACAGCGGAGAGUGCCAAAACUAUGAUGCGCAAUGCCAACACUUUUUUGGACCAAGUGUAACAAAAAGUGCUGAUGGAUGUUUCAAGAUGCAAAAUAUACAAGGAGAAAAGUAUGGGAAUUGUGGGAAGUUGGAGAAUACCGGUAGUUACGUUGCAUGCACUGAUGCAAACAGUCUGUGUGGGAAGCUCUGGUGCACUGGCAUAAACCCCCAUGCCAUGCUUCAUGCCAAUGUCUUGACAUUCUACUUUAAUAAGACGGAGAAAUGUAUCAGUGCAGACUUUGAUUUAGACACUGACAUUCCUGACCCAUUAAUGGUACGUGACGGGACAGCUUGUGCUGAGGGGAAGGCCUGUGUCAACUACAAGUGUGUGAAUGCCAGCGAGCUAGGAUACAAUUGUGACACCAAAGUCAAAUGCAAUGACCGUGGGGUAUGCAAUAACAAAGGAAACUGCCAUUGCGACUAUGGCUGGGCCCCCCCGUCCUGUGCAGAGCCGGGUUACGGUGGUAGCAUUGAUAGUGGACCAACACAUAUUGUAGACAACUCUCUACGCGAUGGAUUGCUCAUUUUCUUCUUCCUCGUUGUGCCUAUCUUGAUCAUAAUAAUUGUAGCUGUGAUUAAACGUGAUGCAAUACGGAGUCGAAUAUGUGGCAGAAAACGAAGAUCAAGGUACUUUAUGUAAUGCCACAGAAGUGCUGACCCCAAACGAAAUAUACCCAAUCGGUGUUACUCGGGUGCUGCUCCGCUCCACCAUCCACUACGACCAGCACACUAAAAAUAUGCGCCAGCCGACACUGGAACACCAGAGGGUACUUGACCAUUAAAUAAAUAGAGUUUUAUUGGAGUUAUUGGACUAAUGAAAUACAAAUGCAUAUAGCGACCCUGGAUACAUAAAAGAAGG